GCCACUGUGCCCCUUGUUUUAUCUGUGGAUAUUUAGUAUGAUUGAUUUUCUCGAUUCGGCCCGGGGGCCAGCUGUUUGCUGCACCGACUGCAUUGCGCCUGCCUGAACUGAAUGCACUUGUAAAAAAAAAACUAUCCAAGACCUAGCCCAGAUUUAAAUCUAUCCAGUCCGCCCUCAGCCGUCGCCAUGGCCUCUGUCGAUAUGAGAGUAUACGACGAAAUCGAAGCUCUUGAAGCUAUUCUGAUCGAAGACCUUGCUGUAAAGCAUGAUGAUGGGGUACCAAUUAUUGAGACCGUGGUACAUCCAUCGACUGGGGAUCAAAUCGAUCUGCAGUAUGUAUGCGUUACGCUGGUGGUCAAGUUAACCCCAGAUUACCCUGAAAGUAGCCCCGAGGUGUUCCUAAAGAACUCAAGAGGUCUGGAUGAUUCGUUGUUAUCCGAUAUCGAUUUGAAAAUUAAGGAGAAACUGGAUAGACAUGUCGGAAAUCCGAUUGUGUUCGAAUUGAUUGAGAUUGUCCGUGAAUAUCUCACUAAAUGGAACUUACCAAGUGGUCAGUGUGUCAUUUGUCUUCAUGGCUUUGUCAAGGGCGACGUCUUUAUAAAGACGCCUUGCUACCAUCAUUUCCACAGCAACUGCUUGGCUAAGCAUUUGAUUAACAGCGAGAAGUACUAUAUGGAGGAGUAUGAAAAGCUGCCCAACUGGCAGAGGGCUCAAUCGCUACCAUACCAGCAAACAUGCCCGGUUUGCCGCUGCGCAAUAUCAUUCGACGUGAAGACCCUGGAGGAAGCUCCUCCACCAAUUGAAUCCAUAAACGCUCCACCAUUUCGCUUGACUGCUGAGUUAAAGGCUCUGCAGGCGCGCAUGUCGGCGAUGUUGGCGCGGCAGGUGGAGCGCGGCGGAGUGGUGGGCUCCGGGGACGACGGGCCGCCGCUGCUGACCAUCUCUACUGCCGCAGACAACGAGGAGCCGAGGAGCUCUACCAGCGGUGCUCAGCGAGAGACGAAUAGUGACCGCGUCGUGCCCAGCACCUCCACUGAUAACACGCCUGAUCAGCCCUACCGUGGGCCAUACCGCGGGUUCAACCGGCGCGCCAAGCCGGGCCGGCGCGGCCGCGGCGCUGCGCGGUGACCCGCCUACCGCGCACGCGCCCCGCCCGCCGCCUAGCGCUCCACUCCGCACCUUGACGAACCGGCUCUAUCCGCUUUUCGACGGUCACCGAUCUACCUCCCCGACACUCCCCGCCGCGCUCUCGGUGCGCCUUCGCCGACGCUCGCCCGUCUCCGGCCUCGGGUGGACCGUUCGGCGGCCCGCGACCGAGAUCCGCACGACCGCCCGGGAAACUAUCGGGCCGCGUCCGAAUCUAUAAUCGAUUUUCGCUAUCGGGUUAUUGUUUAUCAAAAUCGGAUUCGUACUCUAGCAGAUGUUCGUAUUUCGAAUUGUGGCGGAAUUCGGAUGUUUACUUUUACUGUAUGUGUGGUAGUUCGAUGUCGGACCGGCUGCGGUCUGCGCGAGACAAAAACUAUAACGGAAGGAAAAGAAUCGAUAAUAUCCGACCGAGUUUUGGACGUGUGCCUAUUUUAUAUAGACUCGAAGAAAAGCUUUAAAAAUAAACAACCGAAAUUCCUGAAUUCAAUAAAUAAUUUUCCGAUGGCGAAUCCUAGAUUUGUGGCAUCGAAAUUAAUAUAUUUAUAUGUGUCAGAAUUUUUUAUAUACACAGGGUCCUAUAUUUUGUUGACCGACCAAAGUCGGGUUUUAUAUUCGAGACUGACGAUUUACCCUAGUUCACUAAAAGCACUUAAUUUAUUUACAAAACGUAUUAUCUACCAUGUGAGCUACAUUCGAUUGAGCUGCAUAUUCCUCAUAAGUAAGCAACGAAUUUAUUUGCUAAUUACAAGUACACUAGGAGCUUUUUUGCAUAAACAUAAAAAAAUAGUAUAAAAUUUAUGAGUCGAAAAUUUGUUUCAUCAAAUUAAACCGCCAGAAUUUUCUAUUCUGUAAAAACAAUUCGAAACUCACCGCAAGUACACGAUCCUGAAAUGUUGGAAA